UGAUUGCUGCAGUAAAAAGGACGUAUUUGACGAAAAGGACACUGGGAAUUGUUGUUCUAUUGUUGAGGCUCUUUUUUUGAAGAUGAAGCUGGAUUCUGCAACGUUCUUGCCGGAGCACGGUACCUAUACUCCAGAAAAAUACUCUAACCAGGAUAGCUUGCCCACUCUAUGUGCUCCCCGGCCUCUAUCAAAUACUGCUGAAAUCUUUCGGUCACACUCUGAACUUGAUAUUUCACUCACUCCAGAAAAGAUGGAACGUGGUUUGGGAAUUUUAAAGAACACCAAACGUGGAGCAGAAGAUUGUAUGGGUGGAAAAACCAACAGGAGGCAGGUACGAUUUGACAUUGAUUCUGGAUUUGGAGGUCAUGAUAAUGAAUUUUCAACUGCUGGUGCACAAAAUGAACAAGAAACUCACAUCAUCACAGUUGUGGCAGAAAAUAGACCUAUUUCACACAGUAACCCUACUUCAAUCUUCUCAAAGGCUACAGUUAUGCAACCGAAGGAAGCACCUAGCAAGACUGCUAAGAAAGCUCCUAAAGGUGGCCAGAAAAGCAAGAAACGGUCACAUCUCCCAAAACAGUUAGAGACACCAGUAGAAAUUCAGUUGUUUACUCCAGUGAAUAUGUUGCACAGUCCUGUAUUGAACACCACACUGGCCUUAGGAGAGGAACUAAAAUGUGCAUCAGAAUUGGGGUUUGACUCGAAGAAGGCUGUGCAGGAACACCUGAAAAAGUCCUCUGUCACCCGAAAUGCUGUGGAAGGAAGAAUUACUGAAGCUCUCAAUAUUCCCAGGGAACAGCAUAUGUUCCGUGCUUUGGUCAGUGUGACAGUGCCAGCAGACCAGGUACUGAAUAAUGCUGAAAGAGAGAAAAUGUCUAUGGUGCCACCUUACAGAUCAGAGAGUCGAAAGCCUGUUCCAACAGAAAGUCCCGACCUAAUGACCUUCUAUAAUCCUACUGAACUUCUAACAGAAACUCCAUACAUUCCACGAGAAGGACUUCCACCCUUGAAGACAGUAACUAGACAUAGGCCUUCCAGUACAGUGUUUGAUUUGUACCGUAAGAAAAAACAAUGGGAAUUGUAACUUUAAGAAACCCUUCAGCAUAAGACAGCAAGAGGUCAAUUGAUAAGAACUGAUGGAACCAUCUUUGAACCUCUCUAAGGAAGCAAAUCCAAAUUCACAGUUCAAGUAAUGUUGCCAGGAAUUCCUUGCAAUAUUUUGUUUUUAUUCAUUGUUUGCAGUUUAUAAUGUGUAUUCAGGCUGCCCUUUGUUAAAGUCAUUUUUAUUGACUACUGUUCAGCUGUGAUAUCCAGCCAGCAUAAUUUUGCAGUGUUAAAGCUGGGGGCAGGUAUCGGGCCACUUCAACAUUGACAUUCACCUGUUAAUUCUUACCACAUCAUAUAACAUCUGCAUCCAGGAUUUGUUCAGAUUAUUGCACCUGGUGAUCAUUAUCUGGUCAACAGUUAUAAAUCUAUCAUUUUUUCUAGGCUGUGAUGAGCCUUAGUUCAUAUUUUCCAGCAGACAUUCUCAAAGAUGACUCUUGGGAUCUUUAUGUGUAGCUUCUUUUUCCUGAUUACGUAUUGAGCACCUGUUUAUUUUAUGUCACCAUUGUUCAAAUCUUCAAAAUGGAUUUUUUGAUGCUUUAUCUUUGUAAAUGAAUAUGUAGCUGAUGGUGGCUUAAUUUAGCCAGCAAUGACUACAAUAUGCUAAUCUGAAAAUGACAUCUUAGAAUAUCUUCUAUAUUUAAUUCACAAUAAGCCUUUAAAACCUGUAAUAAAGCCGCCUUGCUUAAAGUGGAUCUUCUGCUGGCCACAGACUAGUGUGUACAAAGAGAGAAUAUAGUAUAGGGUGUUAUGCUUUAUGAAAAUUACAGACCUUGAGAGGAAACUAGACCCUGUUUGAGGUCUACUUUGUCUUUAUAUCAGUUUUACAUAAACCAAUGAACACCUUCAUUAAUUAAGGUGACAUUCUGGUCAGUCUUGGAGCUUCCUGUUGGGCAUGCCUGGUUAAAGAUGUAAUCGCCACAAGAAAGUAACUAAUGGCCUUUGGAGAACCAGCUAUCACCUGUGUAUGAAUACUUCAUGUGUACAUAUUUAAAUGUUUACCCUAAAUUAUUCAGAAUAAAUUAAAUUGAAGAUAA